CAACUUACCAGGGUUAGUAGUUAUCGUUCACAGUGCAGACUGCCAGUGUCACGCGACAUCACUGCAACUUAUAGCAGUCGGGACAUUUCCUGAGUAAACUUCCAAAGCACUCUCGUCAAAGAUCUGACAACUUUCAUUCAAAGGAGUAUCAUUCAUGUUCAGCUAUUUCAAGACCCAGUUGUACAAAAAUUCUGCACAUGUGGGAAGCAUUGGUUUACUCAGUCGUCACAGAAUCCGUUGGAGACUCCAAAUAGCGAUGUUUUGCAGUUUUGAAAGGCUCAGUUUUUUGUUCUUGGUGUCAGGAGUUACUACUUCAUCUAUAGCUGGAGGAACAGAAGUGUCCAUCAAGAGAUGCUGUAGUCCCGGAUUUGGCCUUUUAAACAGGACUUGUGUUCCUUAUCGACAAGUGGACCUCACGGUAGCUGUCAAACUGCCCAAAGUCAAGAACAUCUCGCAUAUAAGCAUACAAGAACAUGAAACUUGGGAUCGCAAAUGUGGGGAAGAUGAUCAUAAGAUACGACAGGUUACAGUGAACAGUCAUCUAAACUUCAUCCAUGUCGAUGGCACCACUUUCUUUCCCUGGACAACUCCGGAAGGGAACGAGUGGCUUGUGGACACAUUUUGUAUGGAAGCCCUUUUUGAACCUCCCGGGAGAAAACAGCCUGUCUUUGCAGUUGAAUUCUGCCACGAUUUUGUGGCCAUUAAGGCAAAAGACGAAGAAAUCAAGUGUCAGCAUCGCACUUGUAUUCGGAAAUGCUGCCCAAAAGGAAUGGUGUUUGAUGAAAAUUGCUCCUUGAGAGAUGAUAUACUAUGGAAUCCAAAGUUCUUUUCCACCAAAGACCCGAAUACCAGAGUACGAAACCCCAGAGAUCUACUAGUUCUCUACGGUUUUCCGCAAUGCAAGGUGCGUCUACAUUACGAAAAUUACCGCUUGUUAGAGAACGGCUGGCUGCACACGAUGGACAACCCUUUGCAGACGAUACCCCCCAAUCAGUACUGCCUUGAUCUUCACACUCACUUUGACGGAGUCAUGAAGGAGGAGGUUUUCGCUUGUUACGAGGAGAGAGAUCGCUACUGUCGAACCAGGCACGUCGUCGUUGACCUCGUGUUCAUGAUCAUUUCCUGCAUAUUUCUCGCUGCGUCUCUGCUCAUCUACGCCUGCUUCAGGAGUCCCAGGUCGAGUAACCUGGACCGGUGUGUGGUUUCUUUUCUCGCAGCGCUUUUAGUCGCUUUCACGUCGGUCAUCAUCAACAGACAACAGCAAGAUGCGACUCAGGGGUCCUUCUGCUCAUUCAUAGGAACUGUGAAUCACAUAGGAAUUCUGGCCACUUAUUUCUGGCUUACUUUACUCUGCUGUCAUGUCUGGUUCUGUAUCAGAUCCGGCCGAGUGCGUGAUGAAACUCACCUGUUUGCAGCCUACAGCCUCUGUGGGUGGGGGGUUCCCCUCAUCGUCGCCCUGACGGGAGCCCAUCUGCCCAGUGAUGAUCCCUAUCAGCUCAAUAGACCGAGGGCUGAUUUCCUACCUGCCGAUUGUUGGUUUAAAGAUUCCGCGCUGAGGUGGGGUUACCAGUACGGCUUCAUGCUGGCUCUGUUCCUCCUGGAUUUCAUCCUGUUCUGCUGUUCAGUCGUCGCUUUGAAGAGGAAGAAGCAGGAGCUCCAGUACUUGAGGGAGGAGGUUGAAGGAACCUUUCUGAACUCCAAACUUCUUUUGAUCCUCUUCGUCGUUUGGGCUAUGGAGCUGAUCCCUUGGUGGUUAGAAGCUAAUGGAUGCAAUAUUUGGGUCUCAAUCGUCGAUGGACUGGGAGCUCUUUGUGGGGUUUACAUCUUCUUUGCGAUGUUUUGCUGCAGUUGCAAUGCUGCAAAGAUCCCCAAGGCGAGAAGCGAGAAUACAGAGGAGAAUCCUGACUCUCCUGCAAUAGAGUUGUUUGAAAGUCCCACCGCUUCUGCACCACCCGAAAACCACUAUGGAACGGCUGAUCGAAACGGAAUCACACACGAGAAUGGGAGGAGCUAAAUAUUUCUGAAAAAAAACUUAUAUUAUCGAUAAACGCUUACCUUCAAAUUAAUACGGUAGGUCCCUUAUCAUUUUAGACUGAAAAGUAUGGACCUCCGUAGAAAAAUGAGUCAUAUCGUGUUUGUAGUGUAGUUUUGUAAUGUAGAAUUUGUAUAUUUUUAGACUCCGAAGAGAUUACAUUAUAAUCGAAUACUCUCAGCCUCAUU